AUGUCAGAUCCUGGGGAGACUGUGAAAGCCCUUGAUGAUAUGUUCCUCAAAUUUGCACAACGGGGAUAUCCCAUUAGAGAGCUGGAAGCUGCCAAGUCUAAGUUUUUGAAACUAACAAGAACUCAAACUUUGAGUACUAAGACCAAGGCUAAGGAGAGGAAAAUAUUGCCCUGGGUUAAUUUAUACACAACAGCUUCAGAGUACCGUCGCGGCACCAGAGAGGAUGCGUCUCCAGUUGCUAUGGUAACUCUCCUGUUCCUUACAUCACCCAGCAAUGCGGAAGUUAGCAGAGCGGGUUGGCGGGCGGCAACGCCGCGCGGACAUGUGAGUAUGUUUGUUCACUUAAGACUAUUGGCCGACCUGUUCUCUAAUCGUAGAACAAUUUCAGCCGCUCAUUGCACCAUACAGCUCUAUGUCAUACUUUUCCUGGGAGGGACGGAGUGUCAGCUCCUUGUCCUCAUGGCGUACGAUCGAUACGUCGCCAUUUGCCGCCCGCUGCAUUAUCCGGUCCUCAUGAGGUGGAGCGUUUGUUACCGUCUGGCAGCCUUCGUGUGGAUAUUCAGUUUUAUGAUAAAUAUUGUCCCCUGCCUAUCCGUGCCUUUGCCGCUAUGCAAUCGUAACCAGAUCAACCAUUUCAUGUGCGAGCUUUUGGCGGUUUUAAAAUUAUCAUGCGACAAUAUCGAUUUCAGCGAGAAUGGAAUAUUUUCGCUCAGCUUUAUCUCUCUUCUCUUCCCCUUUAUGUGUAUUAUGAUAUCAUAUGUUCGUAUUAUAGCCUCCGUGUUAAAGAUUCGCUCUGCGGGAAGAUCCAAAGCGUUUUCCACAUGUAGCUCCCAUAUACUUGUUGUAGCUUUGUUUUUCGGGGCAGGGAUGUUCACAUACUUUGGUCCCUCAUCGCAAUACUCGUCAAAUCAGGAUAAAUACGUCUCCAUUUUUUACGUCAUUAUCUGCCCAAUGUUAAAUCCUCUCAUUUAUAGCAUAAACAACAGGGAAGUGAGAAAUUCAUUUAAAAAAUGUUUUCAGAAUGUUCUGCUACCACCCCAAUAA